AUGAAUUUCUACAGAGAAGCAGCAGAGGUGCUCGAUGAACUCGACGCGAAGAAAGGCUCAAUCCAAGGCAACCUCAAUGCGGUCACCGAGAAGAACCGCAAACGCACAGCUGCUCUGGUUAUCGAAACCUUGAACAUUAUUUCCGCAACACCACUACUCAAAGAGGAAAAACGACAUGUCACCUCUCCCAACCUCGCUCUGGUGCUCGUACACGACCUUCUCUUUGCUCGUGGAGGCGUACAAGCUUCGGACGGGCCGAUCAAGCAAGCAUUACUGAGGCACCAGACGAGACUGAAGGCUGAGCUGGUGAGGUUGAAGAUCCGAAGAGGGGUGGAGGGUAAUGAGGGGCUAGCAGAGAAGGGCGAUGAGCGUGCGAAUCAGAUACCGAGAUAUGUGAGGGUGAACGCGAAUGUUUGGACGAUGGGCGAAGCGAUCGCCCACUUUGAGGCUGCCGGCUUCUCGCUCACUUCUUUGCCCGACGCUUUCCCUGAACCAAAGCAGUUCGCCAUCGACCUGCACAUUCCCGAUCUCCUCCUCUUCCACCCUUCUGCCUCCCUCACCUCCUCCCCUUUGCUUACAGAAGGCAAGAUCAUCCUCCAAGACAAAGCGUCCUGCUUUCCAGCAUAUAUCCUCAUUUCUCCCGUAUCAGCGGAUCAGAAGUCUGCAAGAGCCGACGUAGGCAAAGUGGUGGACGCCACUGCCGCGCCGGGCAACAAGACGAGUGCGUUGAGUGCCCUGAUGGGUAACCAGGGGGAGAUAACCGCAUUUGAGCGUGACCCUAAGCGCUUUAAGACUCUGCAGAUCAUGCUCAAGAAGGCAAGGUGCAAGAACGUUACGCCUCUCAACAAGGACUUCCUUAGUGUUGAUCCAGAGGACGAUGUAUUUGAAGGUGUCACGCAUAUACUGCUGGACCCGUCGUGUAGCGGCUCGGGCAUUGUCAAUCGGAUGGACUAUCUGCUCGAAGCUGGGGAAGAGGAACCCGGAGUGGACGAAGCACGUCUUCUCAAACUCGGUUCCUUCCAGCUCAAGAUGAUCAAGCACGCGAUGAAGAUCAAAUCUGCUAAUCGAAUAACGUACUCCACCUGCAGCAUACACAAGGAGGAGGACGAGUAUGUCGUCAGAGACGCGCUCGCUUCGGAGGAAGCCGCCCAAGCCGGGUUCGUGCUUGGACCACGAACUAAGGUGCUGCCUAGCUGGUCCAGACGAGGUCUAAGCGAGGGCACGGGGUUAUCCGAAGACGACGCGAACUGCUUAAUCCGCUGCACGCCUGGAGAAGACCGCACCAACGGCUUUUUCGUUGCUUGUUUUGUCAAAGCUACAGCAUUGGAACAGAAGCAAGUGGGCAAAAGAGCUCGGGAUGAAGAUGAGACUCCGGAGGAGGGUGUCACAAGUGCUAGACCGCGAAAGAAGAAGAAAAAGAAGACGAAGAGGCAGAAAGAGCAUCAGUAA